AUGGCUGGUGAAAUAUUCACUUCAUUAAAACAAUAUUUAGGAAAUGACAAAGAUGUUGUUGCUGAAUUACAACAACAGCAACAGCAGUCAGUUAUUAUUGAGAAAUAUCGACAAUAUAAAAAAGCUGAAAACGAUUUGAAAUUGUUGAUUGAACAAAUUGAAGAAUUGAGAAAAAGAAAACGAAAAGAAAACGAUCCUGAAAAACCCGAAAGCUCGACAAUUAAUAUUAAAGAAUUACAAGAAAUACGUGAUUCACUUCUUCAAGAAUCGGAAACUCAAGCAACUCAUUUAACAAAUCUACUCGAACAAACUUAUAAAUUUCAAUUUCAAAUACAAACAUUAUUAUCAUGUUUCGCAAAAACAGUUACUAAUUGA